AUGGGUUCCACCGCUGCGGCUGAAAUCAUCGGCGGCAACAAGGACUUGGCGGUGGAGAUCCUUCGGCAUCUGCCGGCGAAAUCCCUCAUUCGGUUCAAGUUAGUCUCCAAAGCAUGGCUCUCUCUCAUCUCCACUCCUCGCUUCUCUCUCCUCCUCUGGCAAUCCCAUCGUCAUCCCAAAGUCUCCGGCCUUUUCUUCAACACUAGACCCCGAACUGAAACCAUCAAAUACAUUCCUCUCACUCCCUCCGGCUUGAGGAAUCAAUGUGAUAUUACAACCGUUGUUAAUGGUGGAGAAGAAAACAAUUCACCACCUCUCUUUCCUGAUAUGUCUACCACAAUCAUAGACUCUUGUAAUGGUUUUUUACUCUACUUUACUAAGCAGCAGCACUUUGGCAGUUGGAUGACAUACUCGUACCAUGUUUAUAAUCCUAGUACCAAGCAACUCGCUACUCUUCCAUGGCCUUUCACUCGCACUUUCCCUUUCCUUGGUGACUUUUUAUAUUUGGUUUUCGAUCCUUUAAAAUCACUUCACUACAAAGUUGUUUUGGUUCAGGCUUCAGAGCAUGGUAAUGACUACUUGUAUCAAAUACAUAUUUAUUCGUCAGAAACCAAUGACUGGCGGAGAUCACCACUAGAUGAUAUUGGUUCAGGUUUUCAUCCUUUUCUUGAAUCAUUAAAUAGUGUGGACUUGAAUAAAGGAGUCUAUUGCAAUGGUUCCAUCCAUUGGAUUUCUUACCGCGCAGAAGAAACUUCCUUAUACUUUGAUGUCGAUCAAGAAAUAUUUUGCCCAAUGCCAUCUCCACCAUAUAACGCUGUAGGUUUUAAAUUCUGGCAUUUUGGGGAGUCCAGAGGUCAUCUGCAUUUUAUUACUGAUAUGGGGUUUAAUGUCAACGUCUCGGAGAUGGAAAGUGAUUACUCCAAGUGGACAAUGAAGUUUCGGGUUUGCCUUAACGCGGUGAUGGUUGAUCUUGCAUUAGAGGAGGAGAUGGUUGUCCGCAGUGAUACAGCCCUUAGUUUAAUCCAUGGUGAAGAUGAAGGAGAUGUGUUUUUGGUACUAUAUGUACGCACCGAGAUGAAUUAUAUGAUCAUCUCCUACAACAUUAAGGAGAACACCUUUAAGAAACUUGGUGAUGUACCUAGCCAUCCUGCUUCUUUUGGGUUUGAUGAUCUUAUGUGGCACCGGCGUAAAUACUUUUCUAUCUAUCGUUACAUUGAGACACUCUUUUCUAUUUGA